AUGCCAACCUCUUUCCAACGCUAUGAUACGUCAGCCAAGGAAACCGACGACGAGGCAAGCCCGUACGCACUCAAAAUUUCACAAGUUGCUCUAUUGAAGAGCAAACUCGACACCUACCGCGAUUUAAAGGGGAAGGCUCGCAAACGUUUCGCGCAUAAACUCGCACAAAUCCUUAGGAAUGAGAUUCAAGACUUAUCCGGCACGGCGAUGCCCCAGGCGAAGCAUGAGGCGUUGAAACGGGCGGUGACAGAAUGGUUCAAGCAAAACGUACAGCGAAUACGUGGGAAUGGGAAGAGGAUGUGGGGAAUCCGCUGGCACGGGCGUUUGGUUUUUCAAUACGAACGCACGCGCGCCAUACUGCACAUAGCCAGGCUGCUGGUCGACAACGCUCCGCUCCCUGAUCUGCGGGGCCUCAUUGACCAAGAAGAGCGGAUUUUACCAUCAGAGACCAAGGAGUUUCAAUGGAUCCCAGACGACGACGAAGAAGAGGAUGAAGAGGGCGCGGGAAAUUUGGACGUACUGGAGGAGGAGGAGGAGGAGGUGGAGGAGGAAGAGGAGGAGGGGGAAGGUAGCACUAGUCGCGAUGGAAAACUGGGUGUCUCGAAAAAACCAUCGAAAGCGCCGAUGCCCAAGGCUUUCCACAAGUACCAGACUGCGACCACGCUUCUCUGGGAAACGCUGACCGACGACGAACGCCAUUAUUAUCACACCACGGCCGAGAAAUGGAGGAGCCAAGGUCCACCUCUCGCCGAGCAGCGACGGGCCGCCGAACGUUUUAUUUCGUCUAGAUGUCUCGAUUUCGCCACGGCCCUUCUCAACGACAUGAACGCAAGGGUCUACAUGCUCGUGGGUUACGAGGACACAAAGGGCGACGCAUACGGGAUCCAGUACGACUUCACAAAGGAGCUUCGCGGUGGCGAGGCGUUCAAGAAGGUCUACAAGAAGGAACUCCAGGAAUCGGGCAUCCUCGACUACUGGGGAGAUUACGUCGGGAAUCUGUACAACCGCGAUGUUGUGAACCAAGAAGGCCCUACCACGAAGGCUCGACGGUCACACAGCAAGCCUCUGGUCCCACUCCCUGUUGACAAGUGGGGGGUUCCUUCGCUCCCUCCGCUGUCCCAGAUGCCCAAAGGCGAGCAAACAUCCGUUUGGCUAUGCGACGUUUUGCGUAGCUUUUUCACUAGACAUUAUGCGAGAGGUUCGCAACCUUUGCCAAGUAGAGUCGGACCACACUCCUAUUCCAGAGUACCCUGGAAAGCGAUUCGCACCAAUAUCCGUCGAUGCAUUGACCAAGAGUACCUCCCUGAUGACCUCGCGGAGAUCUGGAACGACCCAUCACAACUCGACCUCGACAAACGCCUAAAGCUCUACUCGUUCUACCUUGCUCGCCAGAAUGACCCGACGGUUGACAUUGUGUUCGAGUUUUCGCACCUUCCCUCUCGGGGCGGGAAGACGUUCCAUCCCAGGAAGUACUCGCUGGAGACAGUGGUUUCCCCUGACAGCGACGACGACGGAGACUACGGGUACAAGGACGUGUCACGAUUCGUCCCCCCUCGUCCAAGGCCAACGCCAUCCCCUUCGAAACUUAAGAGCAAGACAGGGAAGAAGGGAGACACUAAACGGGUGACGUUCGAUACUGGUUCCACUGGUUCAAAGAAGGCAAAGAAGACGAAACUCUCAUACCUCGAAGUCUCUGACAAUGACUCGUUGAACGGCACAGUGCGGUUCAGCGAUUCUUCCCUGUCGGAUUGCGAAGGGUUCGGUGGACCGCGACAAACCAGUACCACCUCUCAGCUUUCAGACUGUGAAGCUUUCGGCGAGACUUCUCCACAACUGUCCGACUGUGAAGCCUUGGGUCAACCAUCCCACUCCCGCCCUCCCUCACCCGAACUAUCCGACUGCGACGCGUUUGGUGACGACGGGGCAUCCGUAGCAGCCCAACUAUCCGACUGCGACGCGUUUGGUGACGACGGGGCAACCGUAGCAGCCCAACUAUCCGACUGCGACGCGUUUGGUGACGACGGGGCAUCCGUAGCAGCCCAGCUAUCCGACUGCGACGCGUUUGGUGACGACGGGGCCGACGUCGACCUCUCUCACGACGGACCUGAGCUCGAGGAAACGACUGUUGGCCUACCAGCCACAGAGCUAUCCGAUUGCGAUGGAUUCCAGGACGAGGUUUCAGUGAACAGUUCGGAGGAAGAGGUUGAUGAUACCCUACCAGAUCCUAACCGUCAACAGCUACCUCCUCCCAAAUCUCCGAGGAGGUUGGCAGUUCCUGUGGUUCUCAUCGAGAAUAGCCCGCGAACUCCUCGAACUCGAUCAAGGGCAGCAAAGGAACGUGCUCAAUCAGAGGUGCGACGUUCGGGUAGAGUGGAAAAGCUGGAGUCGUUGAAGAGGAAACGUGAGCUUGGGGAAGGUAGUCGGACGGGUGGGCCAGAGUCCUCCAAGCGCACGAAGACCACGAAACCUGCCUCCGGUGUCGCAGCACCCAAGCGUAUUGCGAAAGGUCGGGGAGGGCCCGUAUCUAGGCGCGGUUCAGGGAGGACUCGUAAGUAA